CACGCACCCCUCCGCUCCACCCACAUCGCUCAAUGUAACUCAACGCCAUGAAUGUCUUCGCUGCAAAUGAUCAAGAGAACUUGGUGCACAAUCUGCAGACCGCCGCUGCCGGAAAGUCUCUGAAUGCCGGCCUUAAGGGUUUCAAUGCCAAAACACCAGGAAACAAAGCCCCGAAGACCCCGUUCAAGGUCCCGCUCAACGACGAGAAUGGGCCGUUCAAAGGCGGAAAAUCGGGUUUGAAGACCAAUGGCAAGGGUAACGAGAAUCUGUUCAUGACGGGGAAGAAAGGGGGGAAAUUGGAACAGAGUGCAUUCGUUACUCCGGCUGGUCCCCGUAACCGCGCCCCCUUGGGUAUGAAAACAACCAACGCCAAAAGCAAAGCUUUCCAGACCCCUGCCCCUCUCUCCGCUUCCGUAAAGACCCAACAUAUCAGUCCACGCCUCCGUCGCCCUAAGGUCAAAGUCCAUCAACCAGAUGUCGAGGCUGAAGAAGAAGAGGAUGUUCCGGAGAUUGAGUACAUGCCUCCCAAAGAGAUUCCGCUUCCUGAUUUCCCGGACGAUGAACCGUUGAACCUAUCUAUGUUCGAAGGGGCAAACAUGACCCGAGGAAUGCAUGCGGUGUACUUCGACCCUGUUGAGGACGAUGGCCGUACCCGUGGAGAACGUGAAAUAGAAGAGUCGUUGGCUAGAGACCGAAAGAAGAGGGAUGAAGAGUUCGACAGGCUCUUCGCGGAGACUAUGGCGAAAGAGGAUGAGCAAAUGAGAAGGCAUCUUGGUCUAGAGUCACCAAAGAAGUCGGCUCUGAAGGCUCAAGCCCUCAGGAAGAAGGCUGCCCCAUCGACACUGAAGGCAAGGUCCGCUGCUGCCGCCCUGUCACCACCUCCCAAGCCGAGCUAUGCUGCCCCAACUGCAGCGGUCGAAUCGCGACGCCCUGCCAGCUUCUUCCAAGCUAAGAGGUCAGCAAAGCCAGUCAUGGACCCUUCUGCAUCCCGCCAUGCUGCAGCUACCACUGCUUCAAAGAGCACCAUCGGCUACUCUAAAGGUCGUAGCGCGUCUACCUCCCUUCGCAAGCCCCUCUCAAACGUCACACGACCUACCCCAAACUCUGUAGCAGCCCGCAGACCUGCCACUGCUUCAUCUCUCCACAAUCGCAAUGCGAGCACUACUUCAGUUGGCGCAAACCCUCGCAGUGCUUUCUCCCGCUCAAGCUCAAGCUCCACAAAUGCAACUCUCGUCGCGCCUUCUCAAGGAAAUUUGACCAACAGAACCGCUGAGGAUAUACAGCGCGAACUUGAGCUCAUGAUUUUGCGAAACAACGAAGAUGACGAAGAUGUCGAGGCUUGGGUGAACAGUUUCAGCACGCAGCUAGCGGAUGAUGCUUUCACUGACGAUAAUGAGAUCUUCCAAUUUCAACUCCCUCAAGGUCUAUGAGCUACUUGACCUAGAAGAGAAUUUCAAGCAUGUUAAGUGUCAUUCUUUUGGCCUUGAAUUGGACGAGCUUGGCGUAUUGGGCAUCAGUCGUGUCUUAUUGGAAAUGUUGAGGACUUCAACGUGUCCACUCAUUUCAUUGGGCUGCUUUUCUCACUUGG